AUGCCUGACAGAAACAUGUCCAACGACACCAUCCAAGGCUUUCAGGUGGAGGAGAAGAAUUUGCUGUACGCUGGAUUCUAUGGAUGCAUCAUGGUACUGGGUUUUCUUCUCAAUGCUGUGUCCUUGUGGAUUCUGUGUCGCCGUCACAGCCUCAAAUCCCCCAGUUCCGUCUUCAUGGUCAGUCUGGCGCUCUCUGACCUUCUGCUGACCGUCUCUCUGCCGCUGAGGGUCUACUACCAUGCCACGGGAACCUGGCCUCUAGGCAACGCAGCUUGUGUCUCCACCAGGAUGCUCUUUCGCUACAAUCUCUUCAACGGCUGCAUCUUCAUCACCCUCAUCAGUGUGGAUCGUCUGCUGGCCGUGGUUUUCCCUCUCAAGACCCGACACCUGAGAACUGUGGCCAACGCUUGGAAAACAGCAGCACUCAUCUGGGUCCUCCUGAUCUGCGUGUGCAUCCCGGAGAGUGUGGACCUUUUUGGAGACUUGAAACGCUCCAAUGUGAUAGUCUGUUUUGCAAAUCAAGAGCAUCAUCAUCAUCGAGGCAAAAAUAUUUUUCAGGUGGUGUUUCUCCUUUUUCUGCUGUUGCUCAGCAUUGUGUCCACGGUUUUGGUGACUUGGUCUUUGUAUAGACUGAAAAACUCCAAAAUGGUCAAAAACAGAGUAAAAGUUAUGAUGCACUUCCUGAUGAACAUCAUCAUGUUCACUGUGUUUUUUUUGCCGCUGGCCAUUGCGCUUUUAUUGCCAGAAGAGACGUUGGUUAAACCCUUAGAAUGCCUCGCCAGUGCCAACUGCUGUGUGGAUCCACUGUUGUACUACUUUUCGUUUGGCGGAGUCUGGAAGAGAGACCGGCCUGCAAGAGAGUCACCACAUCCUGUGCUGAUAGCCUCCACUCUCCACAUGAUCUUCAGCAGCUCACCAUACAACCCUCUGAAAGCUUUUUUUGCCUGUGUGAUUUUUCAACGGGGUCCAAUUGUUGGAAUUAACAUCAGUUCCUACCUGAGAGACAGGAAGAGUUGUUCCGUCUUCUACACUGAUGUUGUAAAUCCUCAUUUUGUUGAAUAA